AUGGCCGGUGCUGGUAAGCGUCGUGCUAAGGCCGAGGACCCCUCGUCUUCCGGCGAGCCCUCUGCGGAGCGUCAGAGCCCGCCCUCUGGUCAGCAGGUGCAGGAGUCCGCUGAGCAGUCGUCUGCGCCUCGUUCGACUCCGCAGUCUCUGCCUAGGUUCGAUGGCAACCGUGACCCUCAGGAGGCCGCCACUUUGAGUGUCGAUAUCCGUGGCCAGGGCGACUUGAUGGGAAUUGCUGGCUAUUAUGCCGCUCGUGGUCUGGAUAUCCCGGCCGACAUGCCUAAGCGUCCUGCGAAGCUCAACACCCAGGGCCGUGAGGUGGUCAUCGGGCUCAACACAUUCAAUGUGGUUGCUAUCCCGUCUAAGCCGAUCUACCAGUACGAUGUCAUCAUCGGCAGUGGCAGCGAGAAGCGUGGCCUCAUCAAGGCUGUCUGGAACAGCAAGACUCUGCAGAACCAGCUUGGACAGAACUGGAUCUUCGAUGGCAACAAGAUUGCCUGGUCCCUCGACAAGAAGGGCCAGAAGACCAUCAACAUUGACCUCGAUGUCGAGCGUGGCCGUCAGGUCCGUCCUGACCGUAGGGGUCGCAACUCUCAUCGUGUCGUCAUCCGCGAAACCAAGACUGUGAACUUCACUCUCUUGAACUCCUACCUCGCGCGUCAGGCGGACCACACCAACGAGGUUACCGAGGCUCUCAUCUUUUUGGAUCACCUCAUGCGCGAGACACCCACUCGCAAGUUCACACAGAUCAAAAAGAGCUUCUUCGCUCGUGGCCAGACGCGCGUGGACCUCGGCUUUGGCAUUGAGGCCUUCAAGGGCGUCUUCUCAUCCAUGCGCAUCGUCAACGGACCUGCCAACAAGCCCGGAUUGUCGGUCAACGUUGACGUCGCGAACGGUACCUUCUGGGCUGCGGACAAAUUGCACAAGGCUGUCAUCAACAUCUUGGGCUUGCAGCCUAAUAUUUUCCUCAACCAGUUCAGGUUGAUUCUGCAGAAGGGAAACUGGGACAAGUCUCCGAUGAAGGCCAACCUCAAGCGCCUCAGCAAGCUCGGCAUCAAGGUCAAGCAUCGUGGAAUUGACAAGGAAACCGGACGCCACCCUGAGUACAUCAUUGAGAAGGUUAUCCCUCGUACCGCUGAGGAGUACAAGAUCGAGCUCCUCGAUCGCGAUGACGCGGGCAACAUCACCAAGCGCACUUGGUCCACGAUCGCCGAGUACUUCCUUGUGAAACACGAGAUCCCGCUUAUGAAAGGCCUCCCUCUUGUGAAGAUGACCAAGAAGGACAUUAUCCUACCGAUGGAAGUUUGCGAGAUCCUCCAGAACCAGCGCUACCCGUUCAAGCUCAACGAGAAGCAGACUGCGGCCAUGAUCAGGUUUGCGGUCACGCCUCCCAGCGAUCGGAUGGAGAGCAUCAAGCAUGGCCUUGGUAUGCUCGACUGGAAGAGCGACACUGUGCUGCAGAUGUACGGACUGAAGAUCGAUCCCGCUCUGGUCAAGGUGAAGGCUCGCCAGCUGCAGCCUCCGACUGUCCAGUUUGCCGGCAAUGGCCCGCACGUCCAGCCUGGUGAGUCUGGUAGGGGACGUUGGCAGCUCAUUGGCAAGAAGUUUGUCGGCAAAAAUACGGCGCCGCUCAAGUCCUGGGGCUUCUGCAUCAUCCCGGCGUCGAGGGGUGGUCCUAACGAUGCUGAUCUGAACACGACCAGGCGUUUCGCCGCGAAGUUUGCCGAAGUCUACGCUAGGCACGGCGGCCAAGUCCUGACCAAGGAUCCCAUUGCUCUCUUCUACAACGUGCAGAGGGAUGAGAUGCUUCAGGAAGCCUGGAACAAGGUCGGCAACACCUACCAGCAGCGUCCGCAGAUCAUAUUCUUUGUCGUGCCCGACAGGAACAGCGAGACUUACAACAAGAUCAAGAAGGGUUGCGAGUGCCGCUACGGCGUCGUUUCCCAGUUUGUCCAGAUGGCUCACGUCGUCAAGUGCCAGGACCAGUACAUUUCCAACGUGUGCAUGAAGGUCAACGCCAAGCUGGGUGGCUUCACUUCUCGGGCUGUCGGCAACCUGCUGAAGAUCGCUCCUCAGAGCGCCAAGAUCCCGACCAUGUGCAUUGGCGCUGAUGUUUCGCACCCAUCUCCUGGUUCGCCCAAGGACGGCUCGAUCGGUUCCUUUGCUGCCAUCACCAUGUCCCUCGACACGACUCUCACCCGCUACGCCGCUCAGUGCGAGACUAACGGCUUCCGCGUUGAGAUGAUCACGACUGCCAACAUCACGAAUCUUUUGGGUAAGAUGGUCACCCACUGGUCGUCUACUAUUGGCCGUGGUCAGCUUCCUGACCGUGUCCUGUUCUUCCGCGACGGUGUCUCGGAGGCCCAGUAUCAGCAUGUGAUCGAACAGGAGGUUCGCGAUAUCAAGGCUCUCUUCAAGUCCAUCAGCCCCAAGUCGAACACGAAGUUUGUGGUCGUUGUCGCCUCCAAGCGCCACCAUGUGCGCUUCUUCCCCGACCGUAAUGCGGGCGACCGCAACGGCAACCCCAACCCUGGUACCCUUGUGGAGACUGGUGUCACGCACCCUUUCCAGUUCGACUUCUACCUGAACGCGCACUCAGCCAUCAAGGGAACUGCUCGUCCAGUGCAUUACACCGUCAUCUUGAACGAGGCGGGAAUGCCUCCUGAUGAGCUUCAGCAGAUGAUCUUCGAGCACAGCUUCCAGUACAUCCGCUCAACCACUCCGGUCUCUAUCUUCCCGGCGGUCUACUAUGCUCACCUUGCCUCUCAGCGUGCUCGUGGUCACGCCAACCCUCCGGAGGCUUCUUCUGGAAAGAAGCAGACUGAAGAGAAGAAGGACACUGCUACUUCGAUUUCUGAGAAGACUCCUACGGAGGUUCAGCCUCUGGCUCCCAUGAACCCCAGCUUGGGCAUUGACUUCGCCAUGUGGUACAUCUAAGCUGCUUUCUCUGCAGUCCUUCCCGGUGUGGCACUCUGCUUGGCGACUUCAAGCUUGGGUGGAUGAUUGACUGGUAUUCUGGCGAUUUCCUGGUUGGAGGAAUCCGGCGAUACCCUUAUGACUUUGCUAACUCUUACGGUUUGCUAACCCCUCAUGAUUUUGCUAACUCUCAUGAUUUUGCUCUCCUUCAGGACUUUGCUUUCCCUUCACAAAAAAAAAAAAAAAAAAAAAAAAAAAAAAAAAA